GAUCCUAAGACCACACGCCGCAGCGAUUGUCAAAACCUCAAUCACCGAAAAAGAAAAGAAAAAAAAGAUCAUCAUCAGAUUCAGCAGGCAACUGAUGGCAUCUAUAAUGCGAUCACGGGAGGAGAUUGAGCCGGUAGAGGAAAAUUUAGCAAAGAAGAAGAAGAUUGAGGCAGUUGAGGGAAAUUUAGGGGAAAAGAAAGCUCUGUUGAUUGGAUUGAAACACCCACAGAUGAAUGAUAUUGAUGAUGUGAAAGGGAAGAUAUUGAGGAUGAAGAAAUUCCUCAUGGAUCUGCGAGGGUUUUCAGAUAACAACAUCACUCUCUUGAUUGAAGAUGGAGACCCAGACAAAUCACAACCCACUGACUACAACAUACGACUGGAGACAUGCUAUUUGGUUGAGCAUGCUAAACCAGGUGACAUCCUUUUCAUCCACCUCAUCGCCCAUGGCUGCUCUGAUGGCAAUAUCACUACUUCUGAUAAAGUACUCCUCCCAGAUAAUCAUUUCAGGACAAUUAUAUACACUGCCGGCUCUUUAGAUUGUACCCUGACAAUUGUCUCCGAUUGCCUAAUUCAACCUGAAAAUUCUGUGUGUUGUACUCCGGCAAUACCAGUGGUUAGUCAACAAGACUAUACAAGAUUUUACACAAGACACCCAAAUGCUAAAUUUGUCUGUGUGAAAUAUCCGUGUUUUUGCGCCACCGGUUUGUCUCCCGUUGAUAUCGAAACACCUUGCAUAACUCCAACUCUCAAGACCCACUCAGAGGAGACCAGCUUUCCAAGUUCAAGAUUAAUUCUCUUGAAUGCUUUCCAAUAUGACCAGAAGAAGCCCAAAGAGGACAGGGGACCCUUCUUCUAUAUGCCAGAAUUAUUCUUAGCUUCUUCCACAACCACUACUACUCCUCCUAACCCACACAAAUUAUAUGGGGUUUUUACCACUAUCAUUCUUGAUAUAAUUGAAGAGACUCAGGGACGAGUUACAAGUGUAGACCUUGCACGAAAGGCUAUGGAUAAACUUAGGAUGCAAGGUAUUCGUCAAAACCCUGGACUGCAUUCCAAUGAGCACCACCAUGCUUAUGCCUCCUUUUUGUUCGCUGAUUAGGUAGCACACUGGUAUAUAUAUUAUUUGAAUGAUGUCAGUGUACUAUGUCAAGCGACAUAUGGCUUUUGGUCAGAUGAUCGGUUCUUGUUUAGUUAUUUCAGGUUUCGUGUGUUCUUAUUUAAAUUUGCUAUUUUUUUCUACUGCUUUGGGAUGUAAGAAUUAUGCACGUUCAGUUCUAUUAAAUGCCUGAUACAAAGUCUGAAUCCAGUUAUUCUCAGGUUCAAAAUAUUAUUAUUUUGCUA